AUGGGAGUGAUAUGUCAGAUAUUAUUGGACAAAACUGCAAAUGGUGUUUUCCAAGCAGGAGGACUGGUGACGGGAACAUUGAAGUACUUCAUAGACAAACCAACGCAGUACAGAGGUAUAACCAUGUGCUUACUGGGAAAAGGAAAAUGUCAGUGGACCGAAAGCACGUCAAGUUCAACCAGUUACUACAGCAACAGUGAAGAAUUCACGAAUCAAAUAGUUAAUUUAUAUGUGAAUACAGAUAAAAAAGAGCUUGUAUCAGGUGCUUUUGAAUACCCAUUCCAGUUCCUAUUGCCCAUUGAUAUACCUCCAUCGUUCAAAGAUGAUGUUUGUGUCAUAGAAUACAAAAUCACUGUAACAUUUGAGAAGGCAAACACCAGGAAACCAAAAAACUUUGAUGUAGCAAUACCUGUGACCAGCUACGUGUAUCCAUGCUCACUGGAGCCAAUGAUGUUUUGUUUGAAGAAGAACUUAUUUUCUUUUAAACCUUCCAAUAAAAUUGAAGUGAAAGGUGAAAUAACUAAAACGUGUAUACGUCCAGGCGAAAACUUUGAAAUGACACUCACAGUGAACAAUGACACAAAUCUAGAAAUAUUUAUAAAAACCCAACUUGUCAAUCGUUUGAUUUACAUAUCAAGUUGCAAACAUCAGAAAAAGUUUGAGCCGUUGAUAAAAAAUGCCAGCAUAAUGUCUUCUGUAGCAGCCAAUAGCGUCGCAAAUCUGAUAUGUGUUGUGCCAACGUUUCAAGAUUUAAGGUCUAUUAACCACACUAAAAUUAUGAGAGGGGAAUACAAAGUCAGAGUUACUGUUAAACUCCACUUUCCCCACUCCAAUGCUGUGUUAGAUAUACCAGUAGCUAUUGGCCUAAGGAAACAUGAGCUUGCAAUACCAGCCACAGUUUCCUAUCACUAUGAUGGAGCACAACCCUCAUGUUCAUCAAUCGCUCCACACAAUGACAUUUUUGCUAAUAAAGAUGAGAAAAACGAUUUCAUGCAAAAAGAAAAGGAAGAUUCUAGAAAUUUUGAAAUAGUAAAAGAAGAAUCAAGUGAAGAUGAUGAAAUAGAUUUCGAUGUAAACGAUGCAAUAAAAUUAGAAAAACUUGAUAUCAAAGAAUUUGAAGAUGGCGGCGAUGAAGAAAAUAAUGAUAAGGGUUGGCAUAAUAAAGAGGCACAAUCCAGGUGA